CUGUCCUUCACCGCGGCCAAGAUGGCGACGGCCACCAGCAUCAUCCAGCGCCUGCGGAACUUCCUAGCGGGGCGGAACAUCCAGGCCAAGCUGCCCCUGCGCUACACGGAGAUCGCCAAGAGGACCCAGCCGCCGCCUCGGCUGCCGGUGGGGCCCAGCCACAAGCUCGCCAAUAACUACUACUGCCUGCGGGACGGCCGGCGGGAGGCCUUCCCCCCCAUCGUGGUGGUGGCUGCACAGAAAACCCUCGCCGCGGGGGCGCAGGCUGCCGGUUCAAGCUCUGCAGUGGCAAAAGCUGAGAAAAAACCAGUGACACCAGGACCAGCUCUGAAGAGGUGGGAAAUCUCAAAAGACCAGCCCUAUUUGUGAGGAAUAAACACGGUGAGAUUGGAUAUACAGACCCGAGGUUGUUCUGUAAUGCUGCACAGGACUUACCCCAGUGCUGCUGCUUGAAUAAUAAAUGUAUUUAAAGUUG